CAGGGUCUAUCCGGGGGCAAAUGGCGGCGCUUCCGCUGCGUGUGGUGGGUGGCGGGAGCGGGGUGGGAGCCGCCGGGCUGGGGCCGCAGGAUGAACUACAUGCCGGGCACCGCCAGCCUCAUCCAGGACAUCGACAAAAAACAUUUGGUCCUCCUUCGAGAUGGUAGAACACUGAUAGGAUAUUUGCGAAGCAUCGAUCAGUUUGCAAACUUGGUGUUACACCAGACGGUGGAGCGCAUUCACGUGGGCAAAAAAUAUGGCGACAUCCCUCGAGGCAUCUUUGUUGUGCGAGGCGAGAACGUUGUCCUGCUGGGGGAAAUAGACCUGGAGAAGGAGAGUGACACGCCUUUGCAGCAGGUGUCGAUCGAGGAGAUCCUGGAGGAACAGCGAGUGGAACAGCAAGCCAAGCAAGAAUCGGAGAAGCUGAAAGUACAGGCACUUAAGGAGCGAGGUCUUUCAAUCCCACGGGCAGACACUCUAGAUGAGUAUUAGGUGUUCUGCCCCAUCGGACAAUUUGCUCUGUCCAAGCAAGCAGAGCGCUUUGCAUUUAGACCACACUUGGCUAGAGGGUGUGUAGGUCUGUUUGAAAGGCUGUCCUUUGUUUUUUGUUUUUUUUUUUUUAAUUUUGGGCUUAUGUUUUCCAUGGCACAGACACACUAUUAAAAUCAUGUUGUUGUUUUCACAAAAUCGUUGUUUAUGAAGAAUGAAGGUGUCUGACUAGCCUUUAAUAUACCCACAUGCGAUGGUGCAGUUUAAAGUGUGUGCGCAUGGAGAGAAACUUUUUUUUUUUUUCUUUAAGUGAUUUUUGGGGAAACUGCUCCUCAACAUGUAAAUAAAACCUGGAUCCUGACAAUAUAAUCAA